CAUUCUCCUCUUCAGUUAUCAGUUUUAGAACUGCGCUCCAACUUUUCACAUCGUUGACAUCUAUUUAUUUAUUCUAUCUAUCCCUCAACGCUGCGAACAUGUUCCGAUUCAUCGCUCUUCUUGCUGCCAUCGCUGUAGCUCAGGCCGCUUACACUUUGAACCCGGCUGGUCCAACCUACGCUGGAAUCCACACACCUGCCAUCACAAGCCAGCAGUCGAACAUUCUCCGCAGCUACGGAAACCUUGGCCAAAUCUCAACAUAUUCGAAAACCAUCGAUACUCCGUACUCGUCCGUGAGCAAAUCCGAUGUGCGCGUAAGCAACCCAGGUGUGGCCGUUGGUCACAUUGCCGCCGCCUAUCCACAUGCCAUUGCUCCGGCUUACGCUCAUCCGGCAUAUGCUCAUGCGGCGUAUGCUGCCCCAGUCGUUAAGGCGGCUCCGGCACUGCUUGGCGUUGCCUAUUCUGCUGCCCCGGCUGUUGCCCACAUGACCUACAGUAACGGACUCGGUAUUAAUUACGCCUGGUAAAUUUGGAAAUCCUAAACAUUGCCCUCUGAGUGAGAGAGAGGGAGAGAGAAAAGGAGAGAAAUGGCCAUCGUAUUUUCUUUAUUUACACCAUGGACAAUUGGAGCGAAACACAAUCUAAGUCAACACAGUCAACAAUAAAUAAAAUUAUUUCUUCAAACAUGAAAA